CCCACAGAGGUGAGAGCGUAGAUGUCAUGAGAAAAGCGACCGCACGACCACAGCACAACGACCGAAGCACCGACCGACCUCAGCCCGCCUCCCUGCGCCCCAGUCUGGGAUGCUUUUAGCGCAGAGACUCCUCCACUCAGGGCAGCCCGUGGACACCGACGCAGAUCUCCAACACUCUUUUCGUUGUAGUUGUUCUUUUUAACCGAGGAUCUUUCCCCCACAUCACCCCCAUUUUUUAAAAAGUGUUUAUGUUCGUUUCUUCAUGACUUGGGGAGGGGAGGGGAGCCUCAGCACUAGCUCGAGCAAAUCCAACACCAUGCGAGCCCAAAUCGAGGUCAUACCUUGCAAAAUCUGUGGAGACAAAUCCUCAGGUAUCCACUACGGAGUCAUUACGUGUGAGGGAUGUAAGGGUUUCUUCAGAAGGAGUCAGCAGAACAAUGCUGCCUACUCCUGCCCCCGCCAGAGGAACUGCCUCAUCGACAGGACAAACCGCAACCGCUGCCAACACUGUCGCCUGCAGAAAUGUCUCGCACUAGGAAUGUCGAGAGAUGCGGUAAAGUUUGGCCGCAUGUCAAAGAAGCAGCGUGACAGCCUGUAUGCAGAGGUGCAGAAGCACCAGGCUCGGCUGCUGUUGGAGCGGCAGCAGCAGACAGGCGAGGCAGAAGCCCUCGCACGAGUUUACUCAACCAGCCUAACCAACGGACUGUCCACCCUUAACCAUGAGAUUGGGGGCACCUAUGCCAAUGGUCACGUCAUUGAGCUGCCCAAGGGUGGCCAUGUUAACGGAGCCGUAGUCCCAGGGGGAUACUAUGGGAUAGACUCCACCCAGCCGUCUCCGGAUCAGUCAGGGCUGGACAUGUCGGGCAUGAAGCACAUUAAGCAGGAGCCGGUGUAUGACCUGACGCCGGUGCCCAACCUGUUCAGCUAUAGCGGCUACCAGGACAUUCAGCUGGGACCCAACAACGUCAGCAUGGGAGAGCUGGACCGUAUUGCUCAGAAUAUCAUCAAGUCUCACCUGGAGACGUGUCAGUACACAACAGAGGAGCUGCAGCAGCUAGCCUGGCAGACACACUCCUACGAAGAGGUCAAAAUGUUCCAGGGCAAGCCCCGGGACGUGCUGUGGCAGCAGUGUGCCAUCCAGAUCACCCAUGCCAUCCAGUAUGUGGUGGAGUUUGCAAAGCGCAUCUCGGGGUUCAUGGAGCUGUGCCAGAACGACCAGAUUCUCCUGCUCAAGUCAGGUUGUUUGGAGGUAGUCUUGGUGCGGAUGUGCAGGGCAUUCAACCCUCUCAACAACACUGUGCUCUUUGAAGGGAAGUACGGCGGCAUGCAGAUGUUCAAAGCUCUAGGUUGCGAUGACUUAGUGAGUGCCGUGUUUGACUUUGCCAAGAGUUUGUGUGCACUGCAGCUGACAGAGGAGGAGAUCGCUCUGUUCUCGGCAGCUGUACUCAUUUCCACAGAUCGGCCUUGGUUGAUGGAGCCUCGGAAAGUCCAGAAGCUCCAGGAGAAGAUUUACUUUGCUCUGCAGCACAUUAUGCAGAAGAACCACAUGGACGAAGAUGCACUGGCAAAGCUGAUCAGCCGAAUCCCAACGUUGUCAGCCCUGUGCACGCUCCACACCGAGGAGCUCCAGGCCUUCCAGCAGCUCCACCCAGAAACAGUCAACGUCCUAUUCCCUCCGCUCUACAAAGAACUGUUCAACCCUGACCCCAACUCUGGGGUCAUGGCCAUGCCCAAGUGACUGCCUGUGGUCCCAAUGCAAGAAACGGCAUCAGCGGAGGACCAACAAAAUGAGAAGACAGACACGUCUGACGAGACGUCAUCAGCCAUGACGACUAUGUCCUCAUCGUGGCAAUCACAUAUUCCUGAGCUCCCCAAGCCUCAUUACGAGCAGGGGGGUGAGGAGCUACCUGCCAGGAACUCACAGUUACCGCCAACAAUACUAGGAAUGUCCAGCACUUAUUCCAUCCUGUUCACCGAUACAGUCUGAAGAAUGUAUAUAUAAAUGAAACGCGCCCCAAGCCACAAUUUAAGUGGGGCUUCCUCCCGUCUCCUGAACUGAACUGACUGACUGACCAGAAAUGUACAGGCUUUAAAACAUCUAGGAACAAUUUUAACCUGUCAAUCUUUAAAAAAAAAUGGGUAAGUUAAUUUGUUUUACCUUUGAAAAAAAUCCUUUUGGUUUGUUCAUUAUUUUCGAGUGAAUAAUUGUGACGCUGGACGGGGGAGGGAACUGUGGAUUUAGAGAAGCUAUUGUAGAUAUUGUUCUAGUGCAGAGCGGAUUCCAGUAUUACUUCGUGUUCUGUUCAAAUAAGUUAGUCCUAAUUUAACUAUACAGCAGUCCACUGUGGCUGACUAUACCUUGUCUAUGUGUUUUUAUUUUAUUUGAUAGUUUCUUGUGUACAGAAUUUGUAAAGUUGAGACUUGUAAAAGAAUAUUUGGUAAAACCAGGAGACGAUUCGGAUUUUGUUGAUAUAUAGAAGCCUUGUCUGGAUUUUGUUCAUAUGUAAAGAAGGUACUGCAUCCUUCUGAUGAGAACUUAUAGAAAUGUAAAGAGAGCAUAUGAAGGAUUUAAAAAGAAAAAUAAUGGCUAUUACUUUUCAAGGUGAAGAUAUAUACAUAAAUAUUCUAUUUUGCAAGAAAAAAUAAUCUGGCAGUUUUGCCAUCCUAUCAAUCAUUUUCUUCUCGCUGCAAUAAUUACGUCCAAUGAAAGAUGGACUGCUUUCGAACAAUCAACCAGAAACAACCAAUCAGAAACUAGGACCUCACAAUCAACCCCACCCCUUCCCAAAUUCCCCUUACCCCGCCCCUUAUUUCUUAUGUAUUAAGUCCGUGACAUAAGAUUUCAGCCAAUAGAAGUGGCUAGAAAUCACAAUGAAGAAGUGGAUAGAAGUUCCACCAAAAAAAUAAGACAAGCUUGAAUUAAACGUUUCAAUCUUAAAAAAAACCUGUAUGAGUGCUGGAUGCCCUCCAAUCACUAUUUGCACAAAUCAGUCCGUGGAUGUCAAUCACUCCGGGCUGAGAGUAUGAAGGACCCUUUUUUCUCUAAAGAGCAAUAAUAACUUUCCACUGCCUUUCUGAUCCCUCCUUUUCCUUCUCUUCCUAUUUCCAGCUGUUCAAAACAGGGUAGCAGUUUUAAAUAGAUUGCACUAUAUUUGAUCCUUUAUUAUGUUAUAAUCAUCUUUAUUGAUGUUACUCAUUCCACCGCAGCAUCUGCAGUGUUUUUAAUGUGACGUAACAGGAUCUGGGGUUAGGACACAACGCAGAGCACUGAAAAUGAAAUAUGUGAAUAAAUGAAGAUUAGCCUCUGAGGAUCUUUAACACUUUAAAUGCUGCAAUAUUACAUUGACGAUUCACACAGACGGUUGAGAUAGACAAUCACUUUUCUGCUUUUCUUUUAGUCAUUCCAUAAUUAUUAGCACUUACAGAUUUUCGCAGAUUUUUCUAUAUUAAUGUUCGGUUGACUUUGAUUUGGCCACUGUGUAAAAUCAGAGUAUUUAUCACUGUCUUUUUGCAUUUCUCUAUAUGCUUACUUUUGUAUAGAGAUCUAUGAUGCGCUACAGAGAAUCUCCUAAAACAAACUCCCCUUCAAAAUAGCUAUUUACCAAAAUAAGUGACCCGUUACAAAAUAAAAGCACAGCAUUAAUCAGCUGAUAGUGCUUUUACAGAACAUUUACUUGUUUGAUAUAAUGACAAUUUUGCCAAGAGGAUUAUCUCAUUCUAAGACAGAACUUAGAUUUUUUAUUUAACUUUAAUAAUUAUGAUUAGUGGACAAUGAUCUAUUGUUGUUCGUGCACUAAAGGUGGAGAUAUGAUUUGUCUGUGGUUGCAAAUACGCAGUGGCCAAAUCCUCAAUGUGCUUUAAGCAUGGACACAAUCAGACUAGUUAUCCUUUAACUAAAAAAAACUUAAAAACACUUGAACAUUACCGUUUGCAUCCUUAGAUAUCCAUAUAGUCAACAUAACGAGGUUGACCGCAUGGGGAGUGAGCGUCAAUGUAAAACAUUUGUGAUCAGCUCAGAUCCAAUCACAGGAUCCUUCCUCCGACCCCUGACCCGACCCCAGAUCAGAGGCCAGUGACUCUUAAGACAAUCACUUGCUCAUUAAGGCUCGAUGCACUACUGCAUCUCUCAGGGAGCAGCUCUUUUUCUGUCUUUGCAUUAAAAGAGGGUUGAAUAUUUUUGCAAAUUUACAAAAGAAUAUGUAAUUAUAAAAUGAAACUUUUUAGGAUAAGAAAUGGCAUACGCUGCCAAAGUAUGCUGGCAAUGGAAUCUGCCCAGACAAGGCUUUGCUAAGUGUGUGUCUGUGUGUAUGUGUGUAUAGAGCAUGAAUUCACUGUCCAAGUCUCUUUAGAGCCCAGACUAUAUGACAAGCAUUGUUACGUAGCACAUGAAGAAUAACAAAAAAAAAUGUUUACUGCUUAUUUUUGCUGCUUUUGGGACAUUGAGGGAAGUCCACUGGUAAGCUAUGAAUCAAGCGCCAUCACAACACCCCGGGACAGUGAAUUCCAACUCUGAUGAUGAAGUUUAUUGUGUAUGAUGCUUUUAUUUUCCCUUGUUAGACUGUGAAUCAGAGGGGUGAGAUGGGGUUAUGAGAGGGGAAGAGCUGGCAAGUAAGAGUGGCAACACAACACUGUAAGUAAGAAACUGUAGCAAUAAGAACUGGAGGCAUUUACUACUGUCAUGUUUGCAUUGUAAGAUUAUUUUUUAUUUUAUUACUAUUUACUAUUAUUAUUGUUCUUAUUAUGACUACUAUUCUUCUAUUACUAUUAGCCUAUUGUUGUUCUGUUCUAUUUGCAUGACGUUUCACUGCAAUGAAACAUUUGGGGCUUAUUUGUGUUUUCUCUUCUCAUGAUAUUGUUAGUUUCUUGGGAGGGGUUUUUCGGAAAGGGCGGUACAGGAGAAAUUCAGUCAGUUCAAAGCAGAUUCCUUUCACAAGCUGGAAGAUUUUUUUAAAUAAAAUGCUCUUAUUUAUACACGACCAAUUUAAACUUUGUGGUUUGAUUUGAAAUGUUUUUUCUUUUCUCAACCGCUGAAUGUGUGAGUUGGUUUAACCAGUGAGUGGCCCUUUCUGAACUGGCCUUUUUGAACCGGAUCAGAGACCCUUAACCUGCGGUGGGAGGGAACUAUGUGGGUGGGAGGGGGGGGUAAUCUAUUCUGAAUGUUAUGGAGUAGCCUGUUUAGUGUGAGGGGCUGAACGCAUCACGCGCCUUUACCACUCCAUCAACACAGAAUUACAUCGCAAAUCGCACAAUAAAACUAGUCGUCAUUUUAAGUGACGGCUCCGACAAAUUGCGCAGACAUUUUUAAUACACCUGGUUUGAAAUGCAUUUCCUACACUUAAUAAAUACACUCCACCCCAAGCCUCCUCCUCCCUUUCCUGAGAAAACCUGUGUGUGUGUGUGUGUGUGUGUGUGUGUGUGUGUGUGUGUGUGUGUGUGUGUGUGUGUGUGUGUGUGUGUGUGUGUGUGUGUGUGUGUGUGUGUGUGUGUGUGUGUGUGUGUGUGUGUGUGUGUGUGUGUGUGUGUGUGUGUUUGAGUGUGACAGAGAGAAUGAGACGUUUGCUCUACCAAUGCUUUGUAAACGUUCUCGAUACAGUACCCAUGAGUGCAGUUGGAGUAGUGUUGAAAAUUGUUAAUUUAUUGUUUAGAAUGUCUUUGCGUCCCAGCAAGAGCAAAUAAAACAAAAUGUAGCAAACUGUAACCGAAACCUAAAAGGUGCUUAGGCUACAGAACCUCUUUUACACAGGACUAACAAAACAAGACAAAAAAAAAACAAUAAAAUGCGAUUUUUUUUUGUUUCAAAGUGCCAUAGCUAGUGAGGAGAGGAAGGACUGGCAGAGUGGGGCGUAGAUGCUUUACUGUGUGAGUUUACUUGAGAAACCAAUCAAAAAAGGGGAACUACAUGAAAAAGUGUAUUUGAUUACACUUACAGUUUUUACAUUUUAUGCUUUUUUUUCAUUUGGUAAGAGGGAUCUCUGCUGAACUCUGAACUCUGACUCUACUUUUAAUCCAUCAGCUGUACUGUAGAUUUUUUUAUUUUCACAUGAGAAUGAAAGAGUGUGUCUAGGUGUGUGUGUGUGCAUUUGCAUUAAGAAGAGCCACAAACACCCACACUUGAUGGAUCAACGUGGGUUGAAGUUCAGAGUUAUGCAGGGCCCUUACCGAGUCCUCCUUUGACAUGUAUAUACAAUGUGAAGGUCUGAAGUGAUUUUUGUUAAAUACUAUAUUUUAUCGCUUUUGUAGACAUUUUGUUGUGGGAAGAAAAAAAAAUAAAAUAAAUUUUAUGGGUGCA